UGGCUCUCUUACAUUUUUGUUGGCUCCUCAAUCAGCUUUAUUUUUUCGAAAUUUGCUUUUCAUUACCUUUGUGUCCUCGUGAUAGCUUUUGAUACCUUCCAUUUCUCUUCUUGCAGAACAGAGCCUCACAAACUCCACUCCCACACACAGACAGUACUUUCUCUCUCCCAUCGCAGAUGGGUUCUCGCCGGAAAACCGCUUCUGGUUUUUCUUCAAACCUUGUUCACCGACGGUCUUGACUUAAAUUACAAGAAAAACCCGGUUUCGUCUGGUUCAGUUUUUCUUCUGGGUUUGUCUUCUAGUGUUUGCAAGAAACCGACAAUGGCGGCCACUCUCGGGGUCCGUUUCGCGGUUUGUUUUGUCCUCUGGGUUCUGUUGCUGACUCAGCAAGUUAACUCCGAUCCGACUCAGGACAAGCAAGCGCUUCUCGCGUUCCUGCGGCAAAUCCCUCACGAGAAGCGUCUUCAGUGGAACGAGUCCGGCUCGGCCUGCGACUGGGUCGGUGUCGAGUGCGACGCGAGAAACUCCUCCGUCUUCUCUCUCCGAUUGCCCGGUGUUGGGUUAGUUGGUCGGAUCCCGACCGGGUCGCUAGGCCGACUCAGCCAGCUCCGAGUACUCAGUCUCCGAUCCAAUCGUCUCUCCGGCGAGAUCCCGGCGGAUUUCUCCAACCUCACUCACCUUAGGAGCUUGUACUUGCAGGGUAACGAGUUUUCCGGCGAGUUUCCGGAGAGUAUCACUCGGUUGACUCGGUUGACUCGGCUCGAUAUCUCCUCUAACAGCUUCACUGGGCACAUUCCUUUCGCGGUUAACAACCUCACUCAAUUGACUGGGUUUUUCCUGGAAAAUAACCGAUUUUCCGGGGAAAUCCCCAGCAUCAGCGUAGAUUUGGUCGGCUUCAAUGUCUCCAACAACAACCUUAACGGCUCGAUCCCGUCGUCAUUGUCCAAAUUCCCAGCCUCCUCGUUCGCCGGAAACCUAGAUCUCUGCGGCGGCCCAUUGAAACCCUGCAACCCUUUCUUCGGAACUCCGCCGCCAUCUCCGUCAUCAGCUCCGCCAUCGAAUUUGUCCCGGAAAAAGUCAGGCAAGCUCUCCACGGCGGCGAUUGUGGGGAUCGCCGUCGGUUGCUCUCUAGCGGGUCUUCUCCUUCUCGCUCUCCUCCUCCUCCUCUGCCUCAGAAACCGCCGCAGUGGAACCGACCAGCGCGCGAGACAGAGGAAACCCACGACGGCGGCGGCCGCGGCGGAGCUUCCACCGGGUACGUCUUCCUCGAAGGAGGAAGCGACGGGGUCGUUGUCGGGUCUGGCCGGAGAAACGGAGAGGAACAAGCUCGUGUUCAUGGAGGGAGGGAUGUACGGUUUCGAUCUGGAGGAUCUACUGAGAGCUUCCGCGGAGGUUUUGGGGAAAGGAAGUGUCGGAACGUCGUAUAAGGCGGUGCUGGAGGAAGGCACGACGGUGGUGGUGAAGAGGCUGAGGGAUGUGACGGCGGCGAAGAAGGAGUUCGAAUCUCAGAUGGAUCUUGUCGGAAAAAUCAGACACCCCAAUGUGCUUCCAUUGAGGGCUUAUUAUUACUCCAAGGAUGAGAAGCUUCUUGUCUUCGAUUUCUUACCCACCGGAAGCUUGUCGGCCCUUCUUCACGGGAGCCGAGGAUCCGGGCGGACCCCGCUAGAUUGGGAAAACCGUAUGAGAAUAGCAAUUACCGCGGCUAGAGGGUUGGCUCACAUCCAUGUAUCGGCGAAAUUGGUCCACGGGAACAUCAAAGCCUCAAACAUUCUCCUACAGCCUAACCAUGAAGCCCGCAUCUCCGACUUUGGACUCAACUCCUUGUUUGGAAACACAAACCCGCCAAACCGUUUGGCGGGUUACCGUGCUCCUGAGGUUCUCGAGACCAGGAAAGCGACUUCCAAAUCGGACGUGUACAGCUUCGGAGUGUUACUGCUCGAACUAUUGACGGGUAAAUCGCCUAACCAGGCUUCUCUUGGGGAAGAAGGCAUCGAUCUUCCGAGAUGGGUGCAGUCCGUGGUUAGGGAAGAAUGGACGGCCGAGGUUUUCGACGUGGAACUAAUGAGGUACCACAAUAUCGAGGAAGAGAUGGUUCAGCUUUUACAGAUAGCGAUGGCCUGUGUCUCGACGGUUCCCGAUCAAAGGCCUGCAAUGCAGGAAGUGGUAAGAAUGAUCGAGGAUGUGAGCCGAAACGAGACGACUGAUGACGGGUUAAGGCAAUCUUCGGAUGACCCAUCAAAGGGUUCGGAGGGUCAGACGCCACCUGGCGAGUCACGGACUCCACCACGAUCCGUCACCCCUUAGGGAUCCUUCCGAUCUCAGAUGGCUAAUGGGCACAUCACAAGAGAAGAGAAAAUAAUGACUGACAGCUUUUCCUUUUUCACUUUUCCCAGCAGAAAGAAGAUUAGGAAACGACGUGGUGUGGGGUCUUGGUUCAGCGAAACGGACCGCAGUCCGAAAAAGCAAAAAAAAAUGACAGGAAAAGGAAGGGACCAUGUGCAGAGUUUCUGCUUGGAGACUUCUAGAGAGUUUGGCAUCUCCAAAAUGUUCUUUUGUUAGUUGACUGCUAUUCUAAAAAAAAAAAUUAAGGAUUUUUUUUUCAAUUUAAAUUUGAAGAAGAUUUUUUUUUUUACAAGAUUUCAAUUUGUCUAUUUUCCUCCUUUGCUGUUGGGUUUUGUGGAGAGGAUGUAAUAGAACCCAAGAACUUAGGAAGAGGGAAGUGUCGUGUUUGCGUAUC